AUGCCGAACGGGAAAGUCAACGUUGUCUCUCACCCUCUUAUCAAUGCGGAGCUCUCCAAGUUGAGGCAAUCGUCAACCACGCCCAAGGACUUCCGGCAGGGAGUCGACACGAUCAGCUUGCUUUUAGGAUAUGAGGCGACGCGAGGUCUCGAAGAGGAGAGUUUCACUGGGGAAACACCUGUCGCGUCGUUUACUGGAAGCAGAAUCAAACAUAGCGUCGGACUGACGCCUAUCUUGCGCGCUGGAUUGGGGAUGACCGAUGCUCUCUUGAAGCUUUUCCCUUCUGCGCCAGUGUACCACCUGGGACUGUUUCGAGAAAAAGUCACUCUUCAGCCGGUCGAAUAUUACUCCAAGCUCCCUCCUUCUCCCACAGUUGACCAAGUCUUCGUAUUGGACCCUUUGAUCGCAACAGGAGGAACUGCAGUCGCCGCGCUGGCCAUGAUCGCAGACUGGGGGGUCCCAGUCAAGAACAUCAAGUUGUUGUGCGUGCUGGCUUCCGAACAAGGAUUGAAACUUGUACAAGAGGAGUAUCCUGAAUUGGAGAUUUGGGUUGCUGGAGUUGACAAGGAGCUGACCGUUCAAGGAAUAAUCUCUCCGGGACUAGGGGAUUCGGGAGAUCGCCUUUUCAACACAAUCCGCGCAUGA